AAGUUGCAUCAUAGCUGCUACCUUUUUGGCGCGAUUUCUACUAUGUUUUGUGGUGCGUAGACUUGGAAAUGUUGCUUGGAUGGAUUUGGUGUGGGUUAUUGAAUAUUUGAAGUGAAAUUGGAAGGAUCAUACAUCUGUACCCUCCAGGUUGUACCAUUCUGGGAGGUACUGUAAGUCCCUUGCCCUCUCCAGAACGACAAGCAGCCAUAGGAACAGCAAAUUCAUAUAACUGAACACAGAUAGAGUCACCUGCUAGCAGAAUGAGAGGUGUUGUUUCUCAGUUUGUACAGGCAGGAGUUCAGCAUUCUGUUGGACAGAGGGAAGCGUUCCCAGAAAGACCUGGCCAACCAGAUUGCCAAUAUUACAAGAAAACAGGGGACUGUAAGUUAGGAACUACCUGCAGAUGUCACCAUCCUAAGGAAAGGAUUGCACAUUCACCAGCAUGCAUGCUUAGUCCGAUGGGACUUCCUCUGAGGCCUGAUCAACCAGCAUGCCCAUUUUAUGCUCGGUAUGGCAUCUGUAAGUUUGGACCCACUUGCAAGUUUGAUCAUCCACCAUUGGUAGCCCAAGAGCAAGUUUGGUCAUCCAAUGGGAGCCCAAGAGCAAAUUUAGUUGGAGCUGGAAUCUUCAGCCCAAUGUGAAUAAAUAAGUUAUGAUGAUUAUUAGAAGCGAGCUUUUGAUUGAACCGAGCACAGUUUAUUUUUGCCAACCGAGUUCAUUAAGGCAUUUGUAUCUGGAUGUGUGUUAUGAUGAUUGUACUCGACUUCAUUUCAUGUGGGAAGUUAGGAUGAUUGUUUCUCAUGUUUGUUUUUUAAGUCCUUGACUUUAUACCAUGUGGGAGAUAAGAAUGAUUGUAUCUAAGUUUACGGAGGGAACCAAACACACCUAAUUUUUACCAAGGUCAUUAAUUUAGGCCAUUGUAUAAUUAUUUUUCUAUUAAAUAGUUAGUUUGAAAAGAUUAAUUUAUUUAGUUCA